GCCAGGCCGCACCGCACCGCACCUCACCACACGGCGCCGCGACGCCGCCCCCGAGCUGUGAUGACGCAGGCUACGGCGGCGACGCCGGCGCCCUCCGCCGCCUCGCGCGCCACACAGAUGUAGACGCCGCUACUGGCUUCCUUCUGCGACUUGGCGAAGGUAAGAGCGACCGCGUGGCGUCGCCCUUGCUGUGCUGCGCGCACGUGGGCCUGACUCGCGUUCGGCAAGGGCAGCAGUCGUGUUGGUUUCUAAGCCCGCAGCCAUCACCGCACGUCUUGCAACUGGCGCGACUCUGCCGCAUGCCUGUUUAUGCCGUAUGUGGACAUCAUUAUUCGGAGCCUGUUCGUAUGUCGGGAAGCGGCCGGAGUGUAGAGAGGAUGAGUGCGCUGCGCCCCGCCACGGCGGCGGCGGCGCUGCUGCUGGCGGUGGCGCUGGCUGUGCUGGUGGGGGCUGCGAGCGCAACGCAGGGGCGAGCGCUGCCCGCGGGGGCUGAGGCCAGCCUGCUGUCCGCGCUGGGGCUGCGCUCGCGGCCACGGCCCGACCGCUCUCGCGUCGUCGUGCCGCCCGCCAUGCUCGAGCUCUGGCGGACGCGCUUCGAGGCUCAGCAGCAGCACGCCAAGCAACCCCGGCGCCACGUCGUUCCCGCGCACGGCGCCAAUACCGUCCGCAGUUUUACGCACCGAGAAUCUGAUGCGGACGCAGAGUUCGAGGGGCAUCAUCGCUUUCGUCUUCACUUCGACGUGAAGAGCAUUCCCGAGUCCGAGCUGCUGCAGGCAGCCGAGCUGCGGCUGGCGCGCGACGCCAUCGACACCGGCCGCGGCCGCCGGCGCUUGCGCGUGCUGGUGCACGAUGUGGUGCGCCGCGGCGCCCGAGAUGUGCCCCUCACGCGCCUCGUCGACUCGCGCGUGGUCGGCACAGGCUCCAACGAAUCGCUGGCGCUCGACGUGCUGCCGGCGGUGCGCAGGUGGCGCGAGGAUCCGCGCCACAACCACGGCUUGCUGGUGGAGGUGCUGGCUGCGGACCAGUACGCAAAGCAGCAACCGACGACACCGGUACCUCAUCACGUGCGGCUGCGUCGUGCCGCCGAUGAGGACGACUCCCGGUGGCUGCAACGGCAGCCUGUACUGCUCGCUUACACCGACGACAAGCGCGGACCUCAGAGACGUUCCAAGCGCAACGGCGCGCCCCCCAGCCGCAAGUCGAAGCGGAAGGACCAACGUUCGACAUGUCGCCGUCACCCGCUCUACGUGGAUUUCCGCGAAGUCGGUUGGGACGACUGGAUUGUAGCACCGCCAGGCUACGAAGCGUGGUAUUGUCACGGUGACUGUCCGUUCCCACUGUCAGCUCACAUGAACUCUACGAACCACGCCGUCGUACAGACUUUGAUGAAUUCGAUGAACCCUGGCCUCGUGCCGAAAGCGUGCUGUGUACCGACGCAGCUCACGUCCAUCUCUAUGCUUUAUUUAGAUGAAGAGUCCAAAGUGGUGCUUAAGAACUACCACGAGAUGGCAGUGGUUGGGUGUGGCUGUCGGUAGGACGUGAGUAUCUCCGUUUUAAUCUCUGGACCGUGGUGCAUUUCAUUCCCCACAUUCGCAGGCUGUGCCAUUUUGUAAUGUUAGAUGUAGUUUGACCGUCAAUUGUGCCUCGACAAACUCGCUGUGUUACGACGAAAGAAUAUUCAAACGAUACUGCCUAGACAGUGAACAGAUGAACUGAUCGCAAAGUCGUCCAAGAAAUGACAAUAUUGACAAAUGCAGUGAGGUACCUGUUGUGCUGCAAAGCAUUUGACUGAUUAGUACGCUAGAACAUUGCGUUGAACAAAUACAGCACUAGGGAGGCAAUAUAUUCAUUUUUCAGUUAGUCUGGUGUGUGUUUCACAGGGUAAAAGCGACAUUAAACUGAUAUUAUGAAAGAACAAAUAGUGCCUUCUAACUUCACUCAUAGACUACAUGUGCAAUAAAAAGUACACAAUAUAUAUAUAUAAAUAUUAAAUCAUGUGUCAGUACCUGACAAAGUCUGGGGUAAUUUAUUAUUUAAUACAAAACUGUACUAUAAACUUUUAUUUUGUAGGGUCUUACCACUACUGCAUUGAGUCAGGAAAUGAAUCACAAAUGCUCAAAAAAAUUAUUUGUAUUCUUGGCAUUUCUGUACAGUCAAACUUUUAAAAGCAUGAAGCAUGUAUUACCUCUUGUUGUGGCAGUCAUAAACAAAUGUACAAUUACAAUAUCAAUUGGCAUUUCUUCAAAAUUCUGAUGUUACUGAUAUUGAUAAAUUUCUUUUUUUCACCAUGUUUCAUUACUUUUGUGUCUGACAGACUUAAAGAAACCACAGUUAAAUUAUAGUGUUCUCCUUUCUCAUACACCUACCCCUUCAAAAAGGUCUCUUACAGCAACCUGGAACUGUAGAUAAUGUCAGCAGCAGUUCUGUACAUUGCUAUAAGUUAUCACAUCGUGUAGCAGAAUCUUUAUAGACAUUUGCUGAUUUACUUCAACACUCUGCUCGUAAUAAGCAGACUUAAAUUUGCUGCUUUUAUUCUGUGAUACUGUAUAGAAAAAAAAGCCAACCCUGCAAUUAAAAGAUCGUUGUCCUAAUACAUUGCUCCUUAACAUUGGCACCCUUUUGUACUCCAAUGCAAUAAUCUCAAAUGAGACUGGAGUAUUACAUCAAGCACAAUUUCAGUUUUUGUAAUUUCUGAAAUGAAGAACAUUAAUCCUUCUGUAACUCUUCUUUUCUUAUUACUGUGAUACAAUACAACAUGACAGUUGUUUCUUGCAAUUUUGCUUGAAAAGUCUUAUACCUUUCCCAACUUCCAGCUCUGAAUUCCUUUCUGCCAGAGAUCCUUCCAACUCCCUCUUCACACUCUUUGGGCAUCCUCUUCUUUUAUUAGAUGGAAUAUUCCAUCUGUUCUCACCCAUAUGACAUGCACAAGCAUGUACACACACACUAGUAAUUGUUUAAUUCAACUGUAUCCACUGUAAUGGUGCCAGCUUCAUAUUCUUAGAGAAGUCUAUUUUUAAUUAUAUCCUGUAGUGUUAACCUACAGCAACACCCCCAAAAUCUUAUUUCCAUUGACAGUAAGUUCCUUAUAAUUCUAAGUAAAUAAAUUCCAUUCAGAUUUGUUCUAUUCUACAUGUUAAUCAUGUGCUAUUAUGCUAUUCAAAAGGUUUCCAAAUCUAAAUGGCUACUUUCGUAUCUCAAGCAGUCUGUUUUUUGUUAUAAGAGUUAUCAAAAUAGCAAUAACCUAUGUUUUUUACUAUACUACAUAAAAAUCCAUUUGCAUUUGUGAUACCACUGAUAAUUCCUUAUUUAUUACAAAUAUAUCCCAUACCAACAUCCUUGUAAUGUUUUAAUAAUGCUGGUCUUUACUCAAGGUAAAAUCUACAUUUUAAAUAAUUACAAGUAAUUUAAGUAACAUUUAUUGUCAAAAUGCAGCUUCUCAAAUUGUAACAUUUUUUCAUGAAGAAACCUACCCACUUAUCCUGGAAAUGCAAUGUUGUAACAGAUGCUGGGAAAUUUGCAGUUGUAUGAAGUGUAGAAAGUAUCAAGCAUGUAUAAACAGCAUAAUUAAAUUCUUUGUUUCUGAGCAUAACCCAGAGGAUGUUCUCUUAAGAGUUCUAAAAUACACCUAAUUAUAUUGAGCACUGUAAUAGGAACCUGUACCUGGAUAAGGAAAUCAUAUUUAUUUUCAAUGUGUAUAUUGUACAACAAAAAAUUUUAUACCAAUGCAUGUAACUGAAAAAGUUAUAUCAUUUGUAAGUAUUAAAAUUAUGGAUAUAAAAGUGUGAAUAUAGUCAUUGUAAAUGUUUGUAAAUAUCGAAGUGUACAUAGGAAAAGACAUUUAUAAAAUAUUUCUAUAAAUAAAUGUAUUUUUAUGAUUUUUAUCUUA